AUGGCGUCCUACGGGCUGCUUGGCCAACCAGAAGAAGAUGCGCUCCACAAGUCGCGUCUUCUAAAUGUCGAAGAGAAACCUUUCAAGAGAAUUUCCAAACGUCUUCUUCACCCCGAAUCCCUCAUUGUCACCAACUCCUCCCUCCCUCCCACUCCGCCCCCCGAAGAACCAGAAGCCGAUGCGACCGCGACCGCAGAAUCCGAAAAGCAAAAGCGAUUGGAAGAAUGGCGUACUUUCCGCGAAGAUGUAACGCUCGACUUCGCCGCUUUCGAAGGCAGCAUUGCUCGCAUCCAGUUUCUCUUAACCAGUAAUGAAGAGGAGCGCCAGCGAUACGCAGUCGAGAAAGUCCGCAUCGUUGACACGAUGCAGGCUGUGCGCGGGAAUACGACCGAUCUGCGCGUCCAACUAGAGGAGGCUCAGAGAUUGUUGGCUUUGCGAAAGAGUUAUGAUGACCUGUCGGACAAAAUCACCAGGAAUCGAUUACUGAAGCCGCGAGAGGAACAACAGGGGAAUCUCCAGAAGCUCCAGCUGGAGAUUACGGACUUGGAAAAGGAAAGCAAAGACUAUGCCAAGACUUGGGCGGAGCGACGUGAACAAUUUGGUCGCAUUGUGGAGGAGGGUAUGCAAUUACGCCGCCUGAUUCGCGAUGAGAAGGAAGAGGUCGAGCGGAGAGAAGGUAUGCAAGAGGGCGAGGAUGGUGACGAGGGCGAUGUCUCUUCUAAGGGAAAGCUUAGUGCUGCAAGUAGUCCUCGUCCAGAUAAUGAGAGCGCGACUCCCUCGCAGCAAAGCCAGGAUGAGGGCAAAUUACAAGUUGAAAAGGGAUCGGGUACAGCAAGAGGCGUCUCUCCGUUGCGGAACGUUACUAGUGCAGAUGGCGCCCAAGGUCAGGAUGACACCAACAUGAUGGAUGAGGGUGAAAUCACUGUGGAGGAUGCUGGCGAACAAUCAGAUGAACUUGAGGAAGGCGAAGAACUUGCGGAUGAUCGUGAGAAAAUGGAUACCACUUAA